AUGAAUAAAUACGCGGUGGUUUAUUUGUUCAUGCAGUCGUUGCUCGCGAACUCAUCCGGGCGACGAAAAUUCAACCUGCUGAUCAACUCGCAGCGGACGGAGUUGUGUCUCGAUGGAAGAUCAGAUGUUGAGCUAAACUGCGCGCUGACCGUCUCUGGAACUGACGAUGAAAACGAGCUUCAAAUUCAGAGCAGCGCCCAUUACGUUUGGUUCCACAACGGCAGUCUGGUGGUAGCCUCGAGGGACAGUUACGUCGUUCACGAAAAGCUCGUUAUUGUAAAAGACGCGAAUCAGGUGACGUCGACCGGCACCUACGAGUGCAUAGCUACUAUUUCCGGCAUCGGCAGUCUCAUCAGUCCAGGAUUGAGGAUGAGGGCGGCAGAUAUAAGGAUCUCAGAAACGAACGACGACACGACAGUACGCGUGAUGGUCGGAAACACGGCGUUGCUGCGUUGCCCAAAAGUCGUCGCUUUCCCUUCUGGGCCGCUGUUCCACUUUUUGGUCAACGGCACUAGCUACAUCACCCAUUUCAAUGGUACAAUGUUUUUCUGA